UUCAGAAUGGAAAGCAGUAGGGCAGUGAAACCUCCUAAGAAAUCUGCCAUCCCAGGGGUGACCAUCAAGCAGUUUGUUGAAGUUAUUCCAAAAGGAUGUAGCACGCCUGACUUUGAGCGAAAACCCAUCACCCUAACAUUACAGGAAGGUAAAAAUGCCAUAUUCAGGGCUGUGGUUAAGGGUGAACCCCCACCCAAGGUGAUAUGGAAGCGGAGCAAAAAAGAAAUGAACAAUCCUGACAAAUACCAAAUGUCCUUCAAUGGCAUUACAAAUGAGUUCAUCCUGCAGAUAAACAAACUCACUGCAGAAGAUACUGAUUUGUACCAUUGCUCUGCUGUGAAUGAGUAUGGGGAAGCUGCGUGCACUGCUGGCCUCAAGGUCAUUCAAGUUAGUUUCAAGAAAACAACAAAACCAUUCCCCACUGAGUCUCAGGAGGACCUGAAGAAAGAGUUGCAGGACUACAGGAAAAUGUUAAGGAAGCGAACUCCACUACCUGCACAGAAGAAGGAAGUUGACAUGGAACAGGUCUGGCAGUUGCUGCUGAAUGCUGAUAGGAAGGAUUAUGAGAAAAUCUGUUUAAAGCAUGGGAUUGUUGACUUCCGUGGGAUGCUGAGGAAGCUUCAGCAGAUGAAGAAGGACAGAGAGGACAAGCAACAACAGUAUAUCUACAGUGUCACAAACCUCAAACACAUCAAGGUCAAUAAGGAGGGGAAUGCUACAUUCCAUCUAGAGAUGGACCUGAAAAAUCCUGAGAGCAGAAUUUACCUGUACAAGGAUGGCCAGCUGAUCAAUUAUGGAUUCAAUGAUGACAAAGUAAAGCACUGUCUGAGGCAGGCAGGGAAAAAGUACAACUUCAUCAUCAACCACCUGCAGCUGGAAGAUGCCGGCGUGUACCAGAUCAAAGUGGAGGAUGUGGAUGUCUUCUCAACUGAGUUAGAAGCUGACUUCAUUCCUGUGGGAUUCCGACACUUGCUUAGUGAAGUGCACUGCCAUGAGCAAGGAAAUGCCAUCUUUGAAUGCAGCCUAUACAGCCCCUGCUAUGAUGCCGUGUGGCUAUAUAGAAAACAUCCCAUUGAGGAGAAUGACAAGUACAAAAUCUCCAUCUCUCCUGAUGGCCUGACCCACCAGCUGGUGAUUAAAAACACACAGCUCACUGACAAAGGGACUUACACCCUCGAUAUCAGAAUCUGCUCCUCUAGUGCAUGGCUUGAGGUGGAACCUGCCAGAGGAAAGAGCAGACAAACUGAAGGAGACGGAACAGAUAAAAAUGGAUGGCAGACAGAUAAGUCCAUGUUGCCAGAUGAAGAAGGUGCCAAGGAACUUCUACAGGGAGAAGGCCUUGGGAAUCAAAAUCACCUUAAAAGCACCAGAACGGGCAAAGAUGGACAGUAUGGAAGUAACCAAGACGGUAGUGGAGAACUUUAUGGCUCCUCAGUGGAUGUUGAUUGGCGACAUGGCUCUUUGGGACAAGAUGGGCUAACUGGAAGGGUGGGGAAGGAUGGAAGGAUGGGGAAAAGCCAGUUUUCUGAAGCAGGGACAGAUGGAGUUUCAGUGGCAAAUGGGAAUAAAUUUGGUUUGGCUAGUAAUGAAGGUGGACGUGUGGGAAAGAUUCAUGGCCAGGACUUGAAGUUAGGUGGAGCUGGUAUGGGUGGUGCAAUAGAAGAAUGGGACCUGCGUUCUUUUUAUGGUGAGGAUUCUAUGCUGGGUGGAGCUGGUUCUGGUGGUCGAUUAGGGGGAGCAGGAGGGUUGGGUUCUUUAGGUGGUAGAGAUUCCAUGCUUGGUGGUGCUGGUGCUAGGUUAGGAAGCUCAGGAGAGUUGGGAUCUCUCCAUAGCAUGGAAGGUGGUGCUGACACUGGUGGUGCUGGAUUAGGAGGAGCAGGGGGUAUAGGAUUCCUCUAUGGCAAGGAUGGUACGCUAGGGGGAGCUGGUGGUUCUGGCACUGGCCUUGGUGGUACAGGGGAUGCAGGCUCCCUCUAUGGCAAGGAUGUUAUGCUAUGUGGAGCCAGUGUUGGUAUUGGACUAGAUGGUGCUGGAAACAUGGGUGCUCUUGGUGACAGAGAUGCUAUACUAGGGGGAGCUGGUGGUUCUGGUGCUGGACUAGGUAGUGCAAGGGGCAUGGGUUCUCUCUAUGGUAAGGAUGGCAUGCCAGGGGGAGCUGGUGGUUCUGGUGCUGGACUAGGUAGUGCAAGGGGCAUGGGUUCUCUCUAUGGUAAGGAUGGCAUGCUAGGGGGAGCUGGUGAUUCUGGUGCUGGACUAGGUGGUUCAGGGGGCAUGGGUUCUCUCUAUGGUAAGGAUGGUAUGCUAGGGGGAGCUAGUGCUGGUCUCGCUGGUCUAGGUGGUGCAGAAGGUGCAGGCUUUCUUGAUGGCAAGGAUGUUAUGCUAUGUGGAGCUGGUGUUGGUAUUGGACUAGAUGGUGCUGGAGGCAUGGGUACACCUGGUGGCAGAUCUGCUAUCCUAGGUGCAUUUGAUGUUGGUGGUGCUGGCUCAGGUGGUGCAGGGAGCAUGGGCUCCCUCUGUGGUAAGGAUGGUAUGAAAGGUGGAACCAGUGCUGGAUCAACAGGUGCAGGAGGCAUAAGGUCUUUGUAUGAUAAGGAUGAUAUGCUUGCUGGGGCUGGUGCUCGUGAUGCUGAUCUAGGUGAUGCAUGUGGUGUGAAGUCUCUCUAUGGUAAGGACAGUAUGAGAGGUGCAGUUGGGGCUGUGGCUGGUGGAGAUGAGGCUGAGAUUGGUGGUUCUAGUGCUGGUUUUGGUGGUGCAGGAGGAUUUAGGUCUCCCUAUGGUAAGGAUUGUAUGCUAGGUGGAGAUGGGGCUGGUACUGGUGUUGGUGGUGAUGAUUUAGGUAGUCCAGGGGCAAUGGGGUCUCUCUAUGGUAUUGAUGGUACGGUAGGUGGAGCAGGUGCUGCUGGGGCUGAUAGUGGUUUUGGUAGUGCAGGGGGCAUGGUGUCUCUCUAUGGUGAGAAUGGAAUGAUAGGUGGAGCUGGCUCCAGGGCUGUUGGUUCUGGUGCUGGUGUAAGUAGCCCAGGGAGGAUGGGAACUCUUUCUGGAAAGGAUGCUAUACCUGGUGGAGCUGAUGCUGGAUUAGGAGGAGCAGGGGGUCUGACAGGUUCUCUCUAUGGCAAGAAUGGUAUGCACAGUGCUGGUCUAGGUGAUUCAAGGGGUGAGGGCUAUCUCUGUGAAUCACAUUUCCAUUUCGACAAAGGUUUGUCUGAUGACAGUGCCCAGAAAGGGAAACCCGCUGUGCUGUCUUGCAGCCUCAAUAACGAUCAGGUGGAGGGAAUCUCAUUUAAAUUCAAGCAGCUAACAGGCCUGGAUGAAGUCUCUUCUGAAAAAUAUGGCCUGGUCCACAAACUGAUAGACACAGUAGAAGAUAGUCAUGCUGGAAAAUACAAGUUUGAAGCUGAAGGUGUCAAAACUGAAGCAUCUAUUUUGGUUGAAGAUCCUCCAAAUGUUGACAAGGCUCUUCUGGAAAAGCUGAUGAAGGAGCCUGUGAUAGUCAAGGCAGGGCAGAAUGCCAUGGUCAAAAUCCCAUUUGAGGGCCGGAAGCCAGUCAGAGCAACAUGGUUAAGGGACGGGGAUGAGCUCCUGAAUGAUGCCAGGAUCCAUAUCGACAAGGCGGACAACUUCACCCGGCUUUCGAUCUCCAGCACCAACAGGAGAGACUGUGGGGAUUACAAAGUGAAGCUGAAGAAUGAGAAUGGAACCCUAGAGGCCAGCCUAAAGCUGGAGGUGAUAGACAAGCCACAGAAACCCAUCGGACCCAUAGAGGUGGUGGAUAGUUCCACAACUGGCAUAACCAUUCGAUGGAAGCCCCCAAAGGAUGAUGGGGGCACACCAGUGCAGAAUUACAUCAUAGAGAAGCAGCAGGUGGGCAGAAAAACCUGGGUAACAUUGGGAGAAACCAGCAGAAACAACAGCACUUUCACGACCAACAAAGUGAGGCAAGACAAAAGCUAUCGCUUCAGGGUGCGAGCAGUGAACGCUGAGGGAAAGAGCAAGGCACUGGAAUCAGAUGAGGUGAUGGCUGCAACCAAAGCUUUCCCUGGCCCUCCUGCACCUCCUCAGAUUGUCAAUGCCAACAAAGAGUCCAUAACGCUCUCCUGGAAAGCACCUCCCAAAACGGGCAAUUCCAGAAUCCUGGGGUAUAUUGUUGAGAAACGCAAGAAAGGCAGCAACAUCUGGACACCUAUCAUUGACCUGCCAAUAACCGACAGGAAGUGGAUGGUGACAGAUCUGAAGGAGGGACUGCAGUAUGAAUUUCGCGUGGCUGCUGUCAAUGCCACAGGGGUGGGCGAGGCCAGUGCACCAUCAGAUGCUGUCUUUGCUCGAGAUCCCAUGAAGCCUCCUGGUAGAGUGAGGGACCUUAAGGUGACCAAUACUGACUACACCAGCAUCACUCUGGCAUGGAUGAAACCUGAUUCAAAGGAAGGGGGGUCUGCCAAGGGCUACAAGGUGGAGAAGCGAUCCUCUGACAGCCUCAAGUGGACCCAUUGUAACACUGUCCCCAUAGGCUUGACAACCUGUACAGUUAAAGGUCUGCAAGCCAGAGAGAUGUACUUCCUCCGCGUGAGGGCCAUCAAUGAGGGAGGCCUAGGGGAAGCCCUAGCACUGGACACUUGCAUCCAAGCUGCGCCUCCCAUUGUUAAUCCCAAGUUCCUAAGAGAUGACACUAUGAAAAACUUUAUGAUUAUAAAAGCGGGAAGUUGUAUCCGGGUGCACAUGCCCUUUGAAGCAUCCCCAACUCCAGAAGUGAUUUGGCUAAAAGAUGGGCUUCCUCUACCCAGCAGGGCCAUAGUGAGCACCAGAGAUGGCCUCAGCCAACUCUUGAUUCCAUCAGCUGAGUUUUCUGACGCUGGGCUCUAUACCAUCAUACUUCAAAAUAAGUGGGAGAAAAAAGAAUCCUUCAGCUUCCAAGUCCAAGUCGCAGAUAUCCCACAGUCCCCCGGUCCUAUUCUUCUGCAAGAGAAAAUCCUUAAUACAGUGACAGUGAUCUGGGAGCCCUCGCCGACAGAGAAGUGGGAAAGUAACCUGUACUAUGUGGUUAUGAAACGUGACUCCAACAAGGGCUCAUGGCAAGUGGUGGGUGACCUGAUCUACACCAACAAGUUUACCAUCACCAAACUUAUCCCUGGCCGGGGGUAUUACUUUAGGGUUGUGGCCAAAAAUUACAUGGGAACCAGUGAUCCAUCUGAAACGGUGCAGCCCUGGAUUAUGCAAAAGGAAAAGGAUGAGUUUAAAGUCAGACUACCCAAGUACAGGAGGGUGAAUCAAAAUAUGCCCCCAAGAUUCCUCGUCCAAUUGAAGCCCCAUGUGGUGACCACAGCAUUUGAUUGUCACAUGAGCUGUGCAGUGAGUGGCUACCCAAAACCUAAGAUCACCUGGUACAAGGAUAGCAGGAAUCUCUCAGAAGACCCCACCUUCUUCAGCACAAAUGACUUUGGUGUCUGUUGCCUGGUGAUCCCAGGUGUCACGAAGAGAGAUGAAGGAGAAUACAAGGUGGAAGCCACCAAUGGAUUGGGCCAUGCGGUCAGCAAAGCCAUGCUUAUCAUAAAAGAUCCCUCCUUCUAAUGUGAUCUGCCUGAGGACAGCUCUGCACAGCCGUCCGAAUGACAACGCUUUUAUGUAGAACUGACACAGUACCCAAAAGCUACAAAUCUAGUUUUAUAACCAGCUGACAGUCUCAGGUUGUCUCUUGUUUUCUGACCCGUUGGCUGUAUCUUGAGCAUUGUGCUGCAUGUGUGUGGGAGAAAACAAAAGCUUUUAGAACUGCAAAAUCUUUUCAGAAUGGACAUAUGAUUCUGUACAACAGCCCUCCAAAGGGGGGAAAGAUGGCCUUCCAAAGCAAGGAGAAACUUAAAGGACACAGAAGGUGACUGUGGAGGGAGAACUGUAGGUAGGUAGAGUUGGCCAUGAGUGAACUUUCCAUGGACACCACAGGCAUGAGACAUCAUCCUGCAAUGCCAAGAGGCUAAUUCCACCUACUCAUGAACCGUGGCUGAGAAAUCUCUUGGAAGCAGAAACUUUGCUGGAGAAGCUCGUUGAAGCCGACAGGCUUGGAUCAGAUUUCUGAUUGCCUGUCUCACAUGGUUUGGCAUUGUUCUGUUCCCUUUGUUUUAAAAUCUCCGAAGAACUGGGGAGCAUGACUUUAAAGGUUGUGGUGGGGAGAAAAGGUGGCAUGUUCCUGGAUCCUCAGAGGAAGGGCUUCCUGGCUGGUGGGAGUUGCCCAGUGAGUUCUGUUCCUCCCUGAGGGGGUCACAUUGGUCCCACAUUUGGCCUCUGGAGGGUUGAGGUAUGAGAAAGAAGGCUGGAGGAGAUCAGCAGAUGCUUUCGAUGCAAAGCAGCAAGGCUGGGACAGAUUUCAAAUUAGAUUAACCCCAGUCAUCCCCUCCAGCAUGGAAAAGAAGUCGUUUAAACCAGGAGAAAUAUUGAGAUUUUAAUGCAAUCCUUUGCCUCCUGACAAACAUCUAAGAUGUAGAUAGGUAUUUGUUUUUAGCCUGUUGUGUAACAAGCUACACCAGGCUUCCAAAAGUCCCCAUUCAGUUAACAGCAGUUCUGCAUUUAUCUCAUUGUCAAUAGAAGUUAUGUGUAUUAUGCUCUUUACCCUCCAGGCCGAAAACAAUAUAUGUCUAUAUAAAAACAAAACAGCCACAAAGUUGGCAGUCUCUCCAGGGAUGGUAUGUCAGCAUUAAGGUGCACUGGCAGAGGUAAGUGGGAGACCAAGACUGGAGUAGCAAGGAUCAAGGUACAUGGGUAGAGCCGUGCUGCACUUCUCUGCACUAUGCUCCUGUCCUCAGUGCUACUACCCAGGAUGUAAUAUAUUUACUCCAACAAAUUAAUGCUGAAAAUAUAAUUUCUCCCUGGCUCCCACCAUCUCUACACU